AUGCUUUUCAUUCUUUACUCCAUUUUUAAAAAUUUUUUCCUUUCUUUCUUUUUUUUUACAAUUCUUUCUUUCUUUCUAUUCCAUGCUUGUUUUCUUUCAGACAUUUUCAUUCUUUACUCCAUUUUUGUUUGUCUUUCUUUCUUUCUCACUUUCGUUCUUUCUCUUACUUUCUUUAUGCUUAUUUUCUUUCACACGUUUUUCUUCUUUGCUCCAAUUUUCUUUCAUUUUACUUUCUUUGUUUGUUUUGUUUUUUCCAUACUAGUUUUUUUUUACACGUUUUCCGUCUCUACUCCAUUUUUCUUCUUUCUUUCUUUUUUCUUUCUUUCUUUCUAUUUCAAACAUGUUUUCUUUCACACGCUCACCUUCUUUACUCCAUUUUUCAUUCCUUGUCUUCCUUUUCUUUCUAUGUCAUACUUGUUUUCUUUCACACAUUUUCCUUCUUUACUCAGUUUUCUUUCUUGCUUUCUUCAUUUCUUUCCUUCUCACUUUCGUUCUUUAUAUUUCAUAUUUUUUCUUUCACACGUUUUCCUUCUUUGCUCCAUUCUUUCUUUCUUUCUUUCUUUCUUUCUUUCUUUCUUUCUUUCUUUCUUUCUUUUAUGA